AUGGCGAAAGAUGUGGACACAAGCUCCUCCAGCUCCUUGCGUCUGAAGAAGGAGAUCUCGCUGCUGCAUGGUGUCUGUCUCAUAGUGGGCAACAUGAUCGGCUCAGGAAUUUUUGUAUCACCAAAGGGUGUGCUGCAGUACACAGGCUCCUUUGGCUUUUCACUUUUGGUGUGGGCCAUUGGUGGCAUCUUCUCUGUCUUCGGUGCUCUCUGUUAUGCUGAACUUGGUACUACAAUCACCAAAUCAGGUGCCAGCUAUGCUUACAUUCUUGAGGCUUUUGGUGGCUUUUUGGCAUUUAUCCGCCUGUGGACUUCACUGCUGAUUGUAGAGCCAGCUUGUCAGGCAGUCAUCGCUCUCACUUUUUCCAGCUACCUUGUACAACCAUUCUACCCCACCUGUUUGGCUCCGUAUGGGGCUGUACGCCUUAUUGCAGCUCUCAUUAUUGGUUUGCUGACCUUUGUGAACUGCAUGAAAGUGAAGUGGGGUGCUAUCCUACAAGUCAUCUCUACUGUAGCCAAAGUUCUUGCUCUUAUUGUUAUCAUUAUUGCUGGGAUGCUUGUUCUGGGCCAAGGUAAAACACAGAACUUUGAGGACUCAUUUAAGGACUCAAAUUUGAACCCUGGGGACAUGGCUUUGGCCUUGUAUUCUGCUCUGUACUCUUACUCUGGCUGGGACACUCUGAACUUCAUCACUGAGGAGAUCAAAAACCCAGAGAGGAACCUGCCACUGUCUAUAGCCAUCUCCAUGCCCAUUGUCACAAUCAUCUACCUCCUGACAAAUGUGGCCUAUUAUGCAGUUAUGGAUGUAAACACUGUGCUGCAGAGUGAAGCAGUAGCUGUGACGUUUGCUGACAGUGUUCUUGGCUGGGCACGCUGGCUGAUUCCCCUGUCUGUAGCCAUUUCCUGUUACGGUGGCCUCAACUCCUCCAUCAUUGCUGCCUCCAGGUUGUUCUUUGUAGGAUCACGGGAGGGUCAUUUGCCCAACUUUCUGUCCAUGAUCCACGUCAAACGCUACACACCAAUCCCAGCCUUACUGUUCAACGGUGGCAUGAGCUUGCUCUUUUUAUGUGUGAGGGAUGUCUUCCAGCUUAUAAACUACUUCAGCUUUAAUUACUGGCUCUUUAUUGGACUCUCCAUUGCCAGUCAAAUCUACCUGCGCAUAAAGGCUCCGGAAAUGCCUCGUCCCAUCAAGCUGAGUCUGUUCUUUCCAAUAGUGUACUGUUUGUGUAGUGUGUUCUUGGUGGUGGUGCCACUGUACAGUGACACAAUCAAUUCUCUGGUGGGCAUUGCCGUGGCCCUUUCUGGAGCUCCAGUCUAUUUCAUCUGUGUGUACCUGCCUUCGGGUUCUAGACCGGCCUUCUUAGGCAAAAUGCUGGAAAAGAUCUCAUUAUUUACCCAGAAGCUGUGUUUCUGCUGUGCAGCAGAUCCGGACCUUGACAAUCCACCUGAAACAGGGAAAAAGGAAUAACCAGGAACUAAAGCGUCUCAUGUCCAAUCUGUUCUGGCUAAAUCCACGAAUCAGCAUCUUAGAGAUUACCAGAACUU